AGGGCAUUGAUAUGUCAACGGGAGUCGUCCAGGUGUUAUCUCUGGUUCUUGCCCUUUUGGUCUAGGGUUUCUUCUCUUGGAUGCGGAUCGUAUCGUCCCUCCUCUACUACCAUACCACCAGCACAGAGGGCUUGAACUUUGGAUUCGCACGUGAUGGAUUUAACAUGGCUAAGUGCCAUUAUAGUUGGGGCGGGAUGCCUUGCUCUGGGAUACUAUCUUGGUGCAUAUCACCCUUCUCGCAUCUUGAUCACCGCUAGAGCAUCCAAAGGCUCAUCUGCUGCUACUGGGAGCAAGAAGAAUAAGCCAAAAGAUCCUCUAGAGGUUGAGAAUUUGGCUGAGAUUUUAGAAGAUUUUAAAAUGGUUUUGGUUGUGAGGAAUGAUCUAAAGAUGGGAAAAGGGAAGAUUGCCGCCCAGUGUAGUCAUGCGACUUUGGGUCUCUAUAAAAAGCUCCUACGCCGUGCACCAAAAGCUUUAGACAGGUGGGAGAUGUGUGCGCAGCCUAAGGUGGUUGUCAAAAUCGAGAGUGAGGAAGAUAUGCUUGCUUUGCAAGAAAGGGCGAAAUCACUUAAAUUACCGACCCAUAUUACAAUUGAUGCAGGGAGGACACAAAUUGCACCAAAUUCAAGGACCGUGAUGGCUAUUCUUGGACCAGUUGAAGUCGUCGAUGAUGUGACUGGUGGACUGAAACUUUUGUAGCAAGUUCUUGUUCAAAGUGGCCACAUGUUUUGCAACAGGAAAGACAAACUGCUAUCAUAAUAGGAAGGAACAAUUAUGAAUCGAUGAGAAAGCAAUAUGAGUCCUCCAUGGUUGUCCCUUGAAAUCUGUCUUUUGGCAGGCACAAAUGAUAGCAAUGACGACAAGAAAGUUUUAGGUCCAAUUCAAUUUAUGCACGCGCUUGGGAGCUAAAUAUUAUGUUUUGCAAAAUGCCGGGUGAUGUGCAUUGGAAAAAGAAGAUAUGCUCUCAAAACUUGAUUUCUUUUCCUUGAUCUGGAUUCAGCGGUGCACUUUGAUGAAAACUUUUUUCUUUUUGGUUGGAAGACUUUGAAUACGUGGACUGAGUUGCAAUUAUCCUUCACGCAA